AUGAUUGAUUUUCGUAUUAUUUUACUUGAUGAAUUAUUUACAAAUAAUUCAUAUGAAUAUUUAUGGAAAGAACCAGAAAUAAAAAAAGAUUUUAUUGAUAAUAUUGAACAAUUUAAAUUUGUUAUUAAACAAACAUUAAAUAAUUUCAAUGAAAUUCACUUUAGACAUGAUGAUAUCAAAAAAUUCAUUAAAGAAUAUCAACCAAAUACAAUAACAAAUAAACAAAUAUUUCGUAUAUGGCGAUUAGUUUUAUGUGGUUGUUUACAAGGACCACCUGUUCAGGAAAUAGCAACUUUUUUUGGAUCGGAUAUUGUACGAAAACGAUUUGAAAAUGCUCUUGUUGUAUUAGAUCAACAAAAUGAAAAUGUUCAACAAACAUAUUCAUCAUCAUCAUCAUCUUCUUCCGUUGAACAUGAUGAUUCCAUUAAAGAAAUACUAUCAAAUCAUCGGAAAAUUCUUUUUGAUAAAGCACUUGGUGAAAUGUUAACACGACAUUUUUAUUUAAUUCAACAUGAAUUUUUAUCAUCCGAUCGAUUUGAAGGUUGGAUUUAUACAUAUAAUCGUCAUCGAUAUAAAAUCAUAAUUAGUUAUCAUUCAUCAUGUUCAUGUAAAAAAUUUCAAAAAAAUAACGUUUGUAAACACUUUCUAUUUGUACUCAAACGUAUUUUUAAUAUUGAUCUUUAUUCAUUGGAUCUUCGUCUUUCAAUCAUGGAAUAUCGUCGAUUUACUAAUAUAGAUUUAGAAUAUAUUUUUCAAGGACAAAUUCGUCGACUUUGUUCAAUUGUUCCACCAUCGUCACAAUUAAAUAAAAAAGAACAAUUACUUUUAACUUUUAAAUGUCAAUCAAUUGAUUAUAAUGAUGUUUGUCCAAUAUGUUUUGAACGCUUACUUAUGAAAAAUAGAAAAUUAGUAACAUGUUUUUAUUCAUGUGGUAAAUCAAUGCAUAAAGAUUGUAUGAAUGAAUGGAAACAUAUUAAAGGAAAAUCAACUAAUUGUCCACUUUGUCAAGCUCAUUGGAUAAAUGCAUCAGCAGCAGAAAAAGCUGUAAUCGACUAUUAUGCACGUCGUUCUUAUCCGAUUGAGAAACAAAAAAAAUAUAUUUUAUGUUGUUUAUACACUCCGCCAGAUUAUUUCUAG